AUGGUGGAUGUCAAGGAACUUUGUGAAGAUGGGUACAGAUUAGCUAUUCAAGCCGUAGAUUUAGACAAGAUCGGCAGCGGAGAUGCCGCGGCAUUUUUCUACAUUGAAGCUGCGGAAGCUCUUUUAAAAGCAUUGUCGUAUGAUCCGAGUUUGGACGUGAAGGACAAGGCUUCACAGUACAUUAGGAGAGCGGAAGAACUUCGUGCAUUGGAACAACAACAAGGUAUUAAUCAACAGGAAGUUAAUUACGCUUACCUUUGUAGGAGCUACAAGGGAACUCAGUUAUUUGAUAGUUACCAAGUGUAAAACUCUCAAAUCAAAUCAGCUCUCGCUAUUUUCUGUCCAGUUGUAUGAUUUUUAACAUAAAAAAUUCAAGUUCACAAUUUAUUAGGAAGUGUUUCUGGCAAUCAAUAAAUAAAUCAAUCAAUUUAUUUUCCCUUUUUUACAUCUAGUAAUUACAUAGUCUUAUAAUUAAAAUAUACUUGGGCAGGAACUCUCAGCAAACCCUGUAGGGCUUUCCCAGGAGAGCCCCUGGACAAGUUUUAUACAAGUUUGAUUUUAAGUUAAAAUUACAUGUCUGUGUUUAGAUUACCAAUCUUGGGCAUUAUUAAAAAGCGUUUGUGUUUACAGCCCCAAAAGAAAGUACUGCACCAUUCACUGAUAGUCUUCCUCAGGUGUUGAGGUCAUGUGAUCAUGCAUUACCUUUGAUAUCACAAUGAUCAACUAUGAUUGGUGCAUUUUAUGCCUUUUUGCUUCCUGGAGUAGCAUGUACACCAACUCUCCCAAAUUAUCCACCCCCCCCCCCCUCCCCCACCCCUUUCACUCAUAGUAUGAUUUCUGGGGCAUUUUUGAAGACCUAUUUUGUAACAGACAAAAUCAUUUUGUCAAAAGCAAAUUUUGUUGGUCUGUAUUUUAUGUAGAACGUCAUUAAUUUUACUAUCCUAAAUCACACACAUGCUAUAAUUUGGGUACUUGGUCAAUUUGUGCUUAUCAAGUGGGGGGAAGGGGUGCAUCUGUAGGUCGUUGAUAGUCUUUGGAGGGUGUUUAAUGCAAAAGAGAGAGUCUCCAGAAGUUGACAUCUCUGCAAAUGGCUAGGUUCUCAUCAAUCGCAUGAUACAUACCAUUCUGCUGUUGAGUUUCCUAAACAUGGUCUUACAUUCCAUGAAUGUUGCUAAGAGCCAGCUGCUGGCUAAUUUUAUUGCUUGAAAAAGAGUUCACCACAAGCUUGAAUUACUCUGGAAAACAAAAACAUGGGUAAAUUUAUUAGUGCAGUUGAGCAAAAAGCCAGCUUGACUAAUAAAAAAGCCUGCAUAGCUUAAAAUCCCUGAUGUGCACCAUGAAUUUCACUUCCACUAGGUCCCUGUUGAUUGGAGUAGUGAUACCAGGCUUCAUAAAUUAGCUUAAUCACUUUGCAAAGUGGAUAUUAGAGACCUUAAGAUACACUGUUUCUGUUUACAGGUACGAGAAAAUUAGCCGUACCUGUAGCCAUUAAUACGCGGUAGAUGGCUUCUUACCCUGGACAAUGCAUGGCUAGGCUACUGGGUAGAACGAUUAUUCCAUUAUCACAUCUUGGAAAUUAUCAUUGCCUUUAUUAUGACUACAUGGCAAACGUGUUCGGCUAUAUGUUAAGGUCCCUAACAGCCAGUCUGGUAAAUGUGCUCAGCAACAGCAGAGAUCUAAGAAAAGGCUAGUUGUAAUACUAUAUCCAUCAUGUGGUCUUUACAUGUAAGCCUAAAAAUUCUGGAUUUUUGCAGUUUGAAUCAAAUAUAUUGGUAGUAACAGCAAAUUUUAUUUGCAGAUUCAUCAGGUGUACCUACGUUCAAAUCUUCCCAACAGGCAAGCUAUUGAUCUUUUUCCCUAAAAAUAGUUAUUAUAAUAAUUAUAUUUAAUCUGUAGGUCAAUUUAUUGUUCUAGAAUAGGUCAUUUCCAAUUUUUAAAUUGCAAUUUUUAUUUUUAUAACUACAGAAAGGUGUGGAAAGAGCAGAAUUUCUCCUGAAGCAAGCACUACAUGAAGAUGAAAGAGGGAGACCAAAUGAUGCAUUGCCUCUGUAUACUGAUGCUGCUGAACUCUGCAUUGGAACAGUGAGUUGCAGUCAAAUUAGAUAGGGCCAAGGAGGUGGGAGAGGGGCAGGGGGAUGGGGAUGAGGAUGAGGUACACUGUAAAAUCCUAAAUAUAUCUGUAGGAGGGAUAUAGAUGCUCUCUGGAAAAUCGUAAUGCCUCACUUAAACAGAAUGCUUAUAUUAUUAUUUUAUUUAUUUAUUGUAUUAGCUUGGCCUAUUACUGAACAAUGAAUAAUAAAUGCUUAAUAGGCAGGGGUGCCACAACAGCGUUGAGCCAAUUACGUUGGUUCCAGAGCUUAAGAGAUAUAUGUACGAAACAGUAAAACUUCGUGUGACAAAUUAUUAACAAAAAAUAACAGAGACGGACAGACACGUUUUGUGAAACGUUACAUGACGGACAGACGGUUUUCUAUGAUCGAGGGUUCUCUGGGUCGUAGUUAUGUUCUAAGGCAUCCAUGUACAGUGUAGUACUUGCACAUGAUGGAUUUGUACUAUGUGUCCUAGGCUUUUGAGGUGUUAACAGGCAUCUGAUCAUAGAACCUAUCAUAUUCAGAGAACCAUGUACUGUUCGUAUUGUUGAACGCUCUCUAACUUGUGAUUAAAACUUUGCAGAGCAGUGGUCUCCCUGAUGAUGAUAAAUUGAAGAAAAAGCUUCAGCUUCUUGCUAAACAGGCAAUAGAGAGGUAGGUCAUACAGUCCAGGUAGAAGUAGAAAAAAUAAUAAAGCAAACAUACAUCUUGUAUUUGACUGUGUAUGAUGUAUUAUACACUGUAGUCAUAAGGGGAUAAAUAGGAAUUCCAUUCUUGGAUCUGUUCAGUUAUGGAUUAUGAAGUCAAAGACUGUGAUAAGCUGUACAGUCUGUUUUUACAUGAUGUUAUUAUUUUUUAAUUCCUGAUUUUGCAAAGAUUAAACUGGAAUUAAACAUUCAUACAACAAAAUCAAUAGUCUGUUUUUAAUUUGUACUCUAGUGUGGGUGUUUCUUUCUUAAAUAGGAAGAAACACCAUUAUAAUGAAUACUAGAGAGCAACUUUGAUUGUUCAAGGAUUAAAAAAGACUUUUUUGUCUGCUUCCCUUAUUUUAAUGUACUAAUAACUCUUGUAACAUGGUGACUUGUGGUUGUUUAAAUGUUGUGAUUUUUAGCAUCAAUUCCUCUUUAACUGAAACCUAACUGGGCAGAUAAUUAGAUGUGAAAUCAGCUAUAUCAUAGUGACAUGUGGUUUAUUUGGAUCUUUAGCAGCAUGCAAAGAAAGUCAUGUCUGUUAGCCGAGGGCUAGUGGAUUUUGCUAUCAGGCUAGUGAUUUUGUUCUUAACUUGCUUGAUGGGCAAGUGCUGUUUUUUUGGGAAAUUCAAAUUACAGAAGGAUUGUAAUCAAUCCUGCUAAUCAAAAAGGGUUUGGGGGCUAAUUGAAAUGACUUGUGGGCUGAUACAUGCUAGCUACAGCUUGUCCGAAUGGCAGGCUGUAAAACAGUCUUUCUUUGCACCCUGCUUUAGAACAAAAUUACCAAAUAGAUCGAAGCAAUUUUCUGUGUUACUACUUGAUUUUAUGGUCAUCACAUUUUUUUACCCCUCUUCAUCACUAUUUUGAAUUCAUUUUUCAGCCCAAUUUUUUCAACUUGUAUUCCUGUAAAAAAUAACAAUUUGUAUUAUUGUUUUUGAAUCUCAGAGCAGAAGCAAUAAAGGGAAUCUUAAACAUCAGACAAAGCAAUUCAGCAACACCAGGAUCAUCUUCAGUUAUUCAAAGUGUUCAAGGCCUCUCCCUCAGUUCUAAUGGUGAAUCAACACCUGGGAGUAGCACAGGGGAGAAACGACCUCACCUCACUGCUAAGGAACUGGAGGUUUUAAAGUACGAAUGUUUAAAUUGAGUGAUAAUAUCGCUAAUGAAGCAAUGAAUAAUUGCAUUUUCAACUUGUGAAACAAAAACAUUUUUUUUUUACAUUAUAAUGUGUGCACCAGUUCCAAAAAUUAUCCAUACCUCCCCCAUGGAAGGGAUUUUUCUUUAGACCCCCCCCCCACCCCUCUGGAAAUUCCAGUCAAGCUUCAUACAUUUACUUAAAUUUUGGGCCUUUGAGAACCCCCACCCCUAGGAAUUUCCUAUCCCUUCUGUGGGGGGAGUAUGGAUAUUUUCUGGAACCUCACAAUGUAAAGAAGAUCAUCACACUAAAAAAUGCAAGUUACACACUGCAGGCAGUUGCGAAACGAAAGCCUGAAAACAUCCAGACUUGGAUUCCAACCUGGAUGAGUUUAGCAAACUACAUUGUAACAGGAAGCUGGUCAUCAAUUGGUUAGAGCACUGCACCAGUAUCACAGAGGUCAGGGUUAGAAUCCAGGCAAAUAUGAAUUUUUCAGGCUUUCUCUUUGCAACUUUCUGUCAAAGUGCAUCAUAAACUGUGAUGACCUUCUCUUUACAUAAAAAUUUUUAUUUCUUCAUCCCACAGUUCCAAUAAUUAAAAUUCAUAUUCAUUAUUUCAUUCUUCCAUAAUUAAAUAAAUGACAUUUCAAUAUUAUUACUUAUAACAAAAGUUAAAGUUAAAUGUAAGUUGUUUACCAACAAAGUGAAAAUCAACCCACACAAUUACAACCGUACAAACACUAUUUCACCAUAAAUGUACUGUUUAAAUUUACAGUGUAACUUUUUCAGGAAAACGUCUUAUAUCAAUGGCAAAUUAUUUCCUCCAUGGCUAGACAUUGACCUCAAAGAAAGAUUUGCUUAUCCAGAUUAUUACAGGUUAGAAUUCUGGAAAUAGAUUAUUAAAUACCCUUUUUUCCAUACUUUUUUUGUUUGUCAGUAGUGUAAGGAAUCUCCAUUCUCAGUUGAUUUCCUAACUGUAAUAUGUGUUUUGAUGUUUAUUAGUGACAAAGAUGGGCAACUUGCACUUUCACAAAAGCAAAGGGCACGCUUUGCUAAGUGGUUAAGGUAAGCUGUUAUUUCAGUUUAAUUUCUUGUUGCAGCAUUUUAAAAUAAUUUGAAAGGACAAAGCCCAAGGACAGUAACCUUAGGAUAUUUGUUCUGUGAUAUUGAAAACAACACCUUAAGGGUACCAGGUGACAUGCUUUGACUCACCCCCUGACCCUAAACCUACAAUCGUCGUGUAGUUCCCCCCAUGCUAUAUGCUAUGCAUACAGACACUUCUCCCUGCAUUCAAACACAAUUGUAGUUUAUAUUAAUAAAUAAUUUUGGUCUGUCUGCUUUGAUCCUUUGUUUUUUACUCUUCCUAUCAUUGUGGAGCUUUCUAAUUUGCUCACCAACGAUGGAAUGCAAUUUUUAAUACAUUUAACGUCUUGUACGUCACCUAUAUACACUAACCAACCUUUAACCAUAUUUAACAAUAAUGUUUUUACUGAAUUGCAGGCCAAGUGAGCUGUGUGAGAACCCAGAAAUGAUCUAUGCUAUCUCCAGUUUUAGUAUAAAGCAGGUGACUGAAUUAAAUAGUUUUUGAAUUAAUUAAUUGCUAAGUAAAGCAAGCUCAAAUUUAAAAUGUAAGACGAGUACAAUGUAUCAGAUGAGGGAGCAGAGAAACAAUUAUGUUAAGGGUUUAAUCUGUCUAAAACAGCUAAUUUCCACAAACAACUCAUACAAGGUCAUGCAUAGCUAGAUGUUUUAAUGGACUGCAAUGACAUUGUCAUCAUCACUAUCUGAGAAUUCUAGAACAUAUUGACACAUGUAUACCGGUAACGUUCUAUAACUUGUUAAGUGUACAUAUAUAGCAUGUACAUGUAGAUUAAAGCAAAACACGUUCUAUUUUGUUUGUUUCGCUAUUGCUAUUAUCCCACUGUACAUUGUAAAAAUAUUUUGUUACCGCACUUCUUUCAUUUUGUUUUAAUAUUAAUUUUCUGUUGCAGACGAUCGUUUCAGAUUGUUCAUUUCUUGCUUCACUGGCCAUCAGUGCUGCAUAUGAACGAAACUUUAAAAGGAGUCUAAUAACCAGGUAUCAACAUAAUCGUUGUUGCAAACGAAAAACUUGGGGUAUAAAAUUAUAUUGUCUUAAUUUUGUACAAAAAAUGUGCUUCUUAACUAUCAGAAAAGUGCUCACCUUUGCUCUUGGAAAGUAUGGGUUUGGUAUUAGCCAAGCAUUCGUACAUUUUUAUUCUUUCUACCACUGCGUGCAAUUUGACGCAAAAGGACUUUCACCUUCAUUUUAGGGUAACAUCUGACAUCUCAUGGGUGUGUCCCGAGUGUAGAUGCGUUGACAAUCCUAAGGCUACAUCAGAGGAGACUUUUCCGGAUUUAUUACAUUUUGGGUAUUCCGAUUCGCAGGCGUUUAUACUUUAAACGUAUUCGGAUUCACAACCGUUUACACAUAUUUUAUCGAUAAAUCCGGGGAGCUAUAGCAACGACGAUUACGAAGACAACGAGAACGUCAAAAAGCUAUAGGUUUAAUAAGCCAAACGACAAAUUUGGUACGUGCAGCACGCGUUUGGUAUAUUUCUUUGCUGUCCUUGCCCCACCCCCUCCCUCCCUGCAAGACAAAGACGUGAAAUUUGGUCAAAUUUAUUUAUGCGACAUUGUUUGGAGGACGUAAACACAACACAACGAAUUUCUUUUUCUAUUUCCAAACUUGGGUGCGGUCCUCAAGAAUUCAACUCCAAUUAAAUUCACAUUACAUUUUCCAUUUUGAAGUGUGUUCGAAUUAACGCGGAUAAAGUUUGAAUAAAAGCGAAUUCAUCUUAAUAGUGACGUUUUUGCUGCCCUCGCUGUUGUUUUUGCUAAAGCACAUCAACGUGACACUUCUAUUUUACGCUCUAGUCCUUCUUUCAAGCACUCUUAACAGUUGUUCUGCAAUCUGAUGAAUUAGAUCUUUAUACAUGCAUAACCAGAAACAUAAAAAUUAUUUUCUAGAUGAAGCUUUGACAAUCCUUGGUAUCCGUGGAACGUUAUAUUUCAUUCACCUGUUUGGAUAAGUUAGCUUUUUCCUUUCUCUCUUUCAGUAUAAUUUACCCACAGAAUCGUGCCGGAAAGCCCGUCAUUAAUCCAUCAGGCAAAUACAUGAUCAAACUGCGUAUUAAUGGGGUUGCACGAAAGGUACAUGACUAUGACUGUUGUUAACAUAAAGCCCCGGUCAACCGGUCUCACAACUCCCUCAACAAACCCGAACAGAUAAUCUUGCUUAUCCCUGCGCUGCGAAAGGAGGGAAUGAAAAACGGAAUAUUUAGAACCACAAAGUAAACUUAAAUCUUUGACUUUACUCGGACAUUAUAUUAUGAUCAAUCAAGGAGGCCUGUUUUAAACUUUUCAUGUUUGUAGUCUGAGAACGAAAUCGUAAAGUCUGGCAUUGUAACUUGACUGACAGUACAUCCGCGAUGCCAGUAUGAUCUUAGUGAUAUACAGCAUUUUUGAAUUUUAAAAGUUAAAAAGUUCUGAGUCUUGUUGCAAUUUGUCAAAAAAAUUUGAUCCAGUGCGAAACAUUUAAAACGAAAAAAAAAAAAUGGUAUUCAGUAAAAAGGAGAAUACAUGUAUAUCUACACCAAACGCCAAAAAUGUUAUCUAUUUUUCCUGUGUAUAAAUCACAUGGAUUAGCAAACCUGGAAGCAGGCUGUUAAACCUGGAUUUCUGUCCCUAUAUUUUUGCGCCAACUGCUGAGUCGUGUCUUGCUCGCUGUCUACUGAUUGAUUAUAACAUGAAUUUAUUUCUGUUUUAUUCAUGACAGGUGGUUGUCGAUGAUACUCUACCAGUAGGAAGAGAUGGCGAACUGUUAUGCUCUUACUCAAACAAUCGCAAUGAGAUGUGGGUCAGUUUAAUUGAAAAAGCUUAUUUAAAGGUACGUCUCUUGCUCACGUUAGGAAGCUUAACCCUUGAUCAACAUCAAUUUUCUCUCAACACAAUCAAUACAUCAUUAAGAGGAAAGAUUAUGAGAAUGGAUAAAGUCAUCACCAAAGGAAAUGUUUGAUCUUUUAUCAAUUUCUGCCGAGUAAUUCUUAAGGAAAAUGUAUAGAGAGUAGUCUGGAGAAUUAGUAAAAGGUCCAAUAUCCACAACCGAAAAAAAAGGAUUAAAGGGGUUGUGUCAUGGCUGUCUACUUUAUUUUGUUAAUAAUUAGCAAUUAAUGAAUUAUGGAGAUCGAGGAGGGUGUUAUCUGCCGAGGCCGCCAGGCGUAUGUGCUCUCUCAGACACUCAGACACUUUUUUUGCAGGUGAUGGGAGGCUACGACUUUCCUGGUUCCAAUUCUGUAAGUUAUUGUUUUUAACCAUCUAACUGAUAUGACAGUGAAAAUUGCCUAAUGUUCCUAAAAACAACCCUAGGCCUACCUUCUGAUGAUUGUUAAUCGAGCUUGGCACGCCAAGCCUGUAAACAACCAAAUUAGCUGACAAACGAGGGAUUUUGGUCGUGAACGCAAUUUAUAUGGCUUUUACAACAGCGUUUCAGUAGUGUGGGAUUUUGCCUAUUUUUAUAUUUUAGCGAAAAUUUAUCUGUUAAAUGAUCUCACCAGAGUUGACCCUCUCCCAGGAGAUGAGAAAAAGUCGACCCUGCUAGAAGGGCUACCAACGCAAACAGUCAAGGAAACUCCCCCCGCCCCCGCCCCAGGGUAACUCAACUACUCGUGUAAAUUAAACUUGUAACACAGUGGGUUAGGGGCGGCGUUAACUCUUCAGGGAAGAGUUACCCUUCCUCCAAGCAAGCGGGAUCUAAGACGGAUUUUAUAGGCCAAGAGGAUUUGAUUCCUUUGUUUUAGGAGCCGUUGGAACGUAAAACCAUCUAGCCCCAGUUGUUAAAAAGUUGGGUAGCGCUAUUUCGCGGAUAAACCACUAUCCAAUAAAUAACUAAUAGGGAAAUCGUCUCCAUUGUCCUGUAAGUAAUAGCCUGCGUGGCAGGUACAAAAAGGGGAGGGAGAAAAGCGCGAAAGCAGGGCCCCCUCUCCCCAAUCCCUCUCCCUUUUUCCCUUCCUUCCUAUCCCCUACCCGUUUCGACGCCUGCUACGCAGGCUAGUAAGUAAUGAUUUGUCUGUUGGAUAGCCGUUAAUCAUCUUUAAAACAACUGGGGUCUGUUGACGCAUUUUACAACUGCUACUUUUUCUUGGAAGGAGGAAUAUUUUACAACUACACGUUGAAUAAUCUUUGUAGUAAUAUUUAGCGCCUGAGGCCUAUGCCAAACGUCGAACUUUUCAUGAGAGGAACCAAACUUGGUGAGUGAAGUUUAUGAAACGUUCGACGUCUGGCUCAGUUAAGUUCGUCUGAAUGAGUUUGGAUCGUCCGACACGUUCUAUCCGUCUAUAAGAUCGACUCCGGGGCAAACGUCGAUCUUCGCAUGCGACGAAAUAAACUAACAGAUUUUAAACAUUUGUAUGGUAAUGCAUAUUUAGCCUCGUCCGGGAGACAAUUUAUUAAAAUUGAGCUUAAACUGCUUUUUAAUUGGUCUGAUUCAGUUGAUUGGUUCGACGCGUUUUAAGUUCGAUGUCUGACCCAACAGACGAUCUCAAUUUUAUUAAAGUCGAAAUUUGGUUAAAGGCGUGAAGAGUUCGACGUUUGCCCUAGGCCUAAGUCAGUUGUGUGUGUGUGUCGUUUGAUUUUAGAGUAUUGACCUUCAUGCUCUGACGGGCUGGAUUCCAGAGCGCAUGUCCAUCAAAAGGAACGAUCCCAAAUUUAAUGAGAGUAUGCAUUUUGAUCGGCUCCUGAACGGACUGAGGAAAGGUGAGGGCCAUGUGAUAAACUCUGAAACACUUAUAUUGAUUAAGAUUCAGUUUCUCAUCCCCGUAUCAGAGCAAUAUCGGGGCGAGACUGAAGAGACGAAAAAAUGGAAAAAGUGCGAGGCUUGCUUUCCAAACGUGAUGUGAAAAUAAAGGACGGCUUGACCAGAGAUUUUGUUUGACAGUACUAUUUGAGUAUGUGUUGGCUAUUUCAAGUUGCAACAGUUUUGGUGGGUUGUGUUAUCAUUUUUUUUUUGUUCAAGAAGUAGGGCGUAAACCACUAAGAACUUUCCCAUUAGGGUAUCAAAAACAGCAAAAUGGACCCGAAUAUUUUCCUCUUUGAGUAAUAUAUGUUCUUACCUCAUGAUAUAUCGCGACCUGCUUCCAUUUACGCAAUCGGCAAACACAUGAUCAUGAAACUAAUCAGUUUUUUUACUUGACCACAGGUGAUUGUCUUAUCACGGUCGCAACGGGGCCCUUAAGCGACAGCGAUGCUGACCGAGCAGGGCUGGUAUCUACUCACGCCUAUGCCUUGCUGGAUAUGCGAAAAAUCCAGGUAAGUCGUGAUUCGUAAAGGGGUUUUGUGAAGUUGAACUGAUUUGCCCAGCACAUUGUCUAACUCACUGGCGGACAGGUAUUGAAUCCCGAUUAGCCUGCUCAGCUGACGGUGUGGUUUGGCGGGCGCGAUCCCUCCCAUUGCCCCUCCCCAACAAAACUGCCAGUUUCGCUACGUAACUGAGAUGUUCCCGGUAUAUAUGGGUAUUGCGGAAGUGUGAGAUGAAUAUGGUUAUUGGGCAAGUUCCUUUUUUUGCGUUCGUUUCGGUCUAUUUUACACGUGAAAAAAAAAAAAAAAAAAAAAAAUGACGAGGUCAAUAUCCCAUAUCAGUAUCAAUAGCCAUCGUAACCAGACACGUCCGAGAGGGCAGGAUCAUUCUCUUCGCUCUGGUAGCCAAUCAAAACACAGGAUUCACUACAUCAUUCCAGCUCAAGGAGCUAUUCAUAUAAUAAUACUCAUUAUUAAAAACUGAAUCAUUGGAUAAUGCAAUUCUAGAACUCUGAUUGGCUUAGCCAUCAUGGUAUAUGAGCCAUUAUACCAUGCUCUCCACAUGUGGUAACUGCACACAUCUGCUCAAAAUUAAAAACAAGCUGAAAAUCGGUUGUUUCCACAAAUAUAUUCGGGAAGAAUUCUCGAUAUUUUGUGGGCGUUUUUAAUAAAACAAUUAUUCCACUACGCGCUACUCGCCUCGUUGGCUUUCACCCAUCUCAUAUCCAAUGCGCACUCAUGGAAUAAUUGUUAAUUAGUAAAGAGGCUGUGUCACGGAAUUUAUCAAAAUUCAAAGAGUGGUAACUACCACCAAACUGAGGAAAACAUAAAAACAACCGCUCAAAAUGUUAAAAUAAGAAGGUAUAAACAACACAGCAAAUAAAAAAGGUGGCACGGAUGGACAAACUGGAAGAAGAUUUAAAAAACGAAUUGGAAUUGCGAUUUUUGAAACUUGUUAGCCUAACAGUUUUUCAACAUUUUUUUUUUUGUAACGUUUGAUAUAAUCCUUGGAAGACAUAAUUGCUUGACAUGAAGCUGAUUUCUCAAGUUCGAUAGUCAGUAAGGAUGCAUAAUUGGCAUUAUAAACACAAUGAACUAAACAGCUGUGACGACACAUCGCCUUUAAACUUGGAAUUACUUAUCGACGACCACCUUUUUUAUAUCUUCCGAAUAGGUAUAGCUACAGUUAAAUGUAUUUUACUUGUUAAAUUUAUAUGCUGUGACUUUACUGAGUGUGAUUAUGUAUUUGCUUUCUCAUAGGGGCAUCGUCUGCUUCAAUUAAAAAAUCCCUGGAGUCAUUUGAGAUGGAAAGUAUGAACCGUAGUACUGGCAAUAAUUAGAUUAGCAGCCACGAACUAUUCACUCUGUACACACCUUUAGUUUCGUUGCGAUAGACGGUUACAAGAUUUGUGCGUGCCAGUAUACAAACACUGUUUCAACUUUACAGUCGUCCCAACAAUGCAGUCGCUCAAUUUAGAUUUUUGGUCGUCACUUCGAGUGAACACCCAAAACUACAACAUAACAAGGAGAAGGAAAGACCAGGUCAUGUGACCUCGAAGGGUGGGAAAACAAAAACAGGCUACCCAACCGUUACAUAAACUCAUAUUCUUUGUUAUUGAAACAACUGUCACAUAAUUUAUAAUCAAUUUCCAAAGUUCAAGGAUGGAGUCACUCAGUCUGGUAUAAUUUAGGCUUGGGUUAGUUUAAUAAAAUGGUUCCAUGAAGGAGCCAAUUAAAUCUCUUGGCAUCAGUAAAGGUAAGUUAGAAGUAGUCAUUGCGGUUAACUUAGGUUGUCUGUUUACAGGGAAAAUUUUCUGAAUUAGAUUCUACCAGCUGGACACCAGAACUUCAGCGAGCUCUAAACUAUGACAGGAAGAGUGCUUUGCAGAUUGACAAUGGUAAAAUACUUUUAGUGUGUGCUUAUUGACUUUAAUUGCCUGUGUGAUGAUCUGUGAAAGAAUAAGUCGAUAUUAAUUUGCUCCAAUUACAUUAAAGCUUGAUUAUUAUCUCAGUUGAUUCUUGGUUUUGGUUUGAAUUUCUUGUUGGAAUGUUGUUUUUGUCGUUGAUGAUGAUGAUGAUGACGAUGAUGAUGGUGAUAAUGAUGACGACAAGUUAUUUUCACGUGUGAAGACAUCAUGUUUUCGCGCGAAAGCUCACCUGGUAUUUCAUUGGUGGUUAAAUAAAAAUAUAAUAAAGACGAUGGUGGUGGUGAGGAAGACUAUGAUAGAGAUCGGAAAAUUUUCUUGACCCGAGUGAAAGGUUAUCCAUUCUUCAAAUUACAUUUAAUCUUUUUCUAGGUGUUUUCUGGAUCAAUUGGGAGAGCCUUAUGCAAUUUUUUGAUGUGAUUUACAUGAACUGGAAUCCCAAACUCUUCAAAUACCGCUUCUCUCUUCACUCGUAAGUACAGCUUCUUUUCGCAGCUUAUUUUUGACGGAACUUAGUUAUGAUGUGUUUUCAAGGAUAUGCGUUGAAUGGUUAAUUUAAAGAUGACUUUCAACUUUUCUUCCUUUCUUUUACAUACAAACCCGUGAGCAAAUGCAAAAAGAGCUUGGGAUGAUAAAAUGGAAAUCGCGGUAGCUUGUUUCAGUCGUUUGUUUAGGGUUUGAGAAUGAGGUGAUUGGAUUCAGUCACCUUGCCUUUCAUUGCCUUAGUCAUUUGUGAUUUUUCAUUACCGUUAGCACAAUUUUAGCACGGCGUUGUUAAAACCAGAAGUUUUCAAGAUGGAGUCGCGAUGAAAAAAAAAAAGGGAAGCGUUUCAGAAGUAUUGUAUAUAGGAAUGGGUAAAUUUGUUGUGUUUCAAAACUUAAAUUGCACUUCUGUCUUCCUACAGGACGUGGACGGCUGCUGAAGGACCCAAGAAGGAUGUCUACAACGUUGGUCAGUGCAUUUUAAAACAUCUUUAUUUUUGCUUUGGUAAACUAAUGCCGACAAACAAAACGUACAGAUUCACUGCUGAAUUUCUUUAUUUCAGUUAGCAGCCAGGCAUUGCGUUUAUGAAGGUGCUGUGGUAUGCAACUUUCCAAUAGUAAUUUGAUUUUAAUUAGGCUGGUUUUUACUAGGGAAGAAUUCGUAGUCGGAGUCGUUAUUAGGACCGUGGAAACAGGUUCCGCUAUGAUUCCGUUAUGAUCCAGUGAAAACAGAUUCCGCUAAGUUACAGGAGCAGAAGUGGUAGAACUAAACCAAACACUUCUCGUGGGGACGAGAAUUGUGAUUUCUUCAUUCUUGUGCCUCUGCGUACCGCUUGAACAAUCUGCUUUUCGCUAUAAAAAGGUCGUAAACGACGGACUCAUAACUGCGGAAUCGAAAGAAUAUUGAUACGUUGGACAGAGCACAAAAACCGCAAGACAUGCGCACUGUCGAUACGUUGCGUUUUUUGCAACUCCCUCUCCGCCGAGCUCAUGAUUCCGCUUACCACUCCAUAUGGUUAAUUUUUACUUAAUGGUAAGCGCUCUUACGACUCUGACUCCAACUCCAUCUCCUUUGUUACUGGUGAAAACCAGUCUGAAAAAUGCAUAAUAAUACGCAUACUAAUGGUGCACAUGAUUAACAGGUGACAAUCCUCAGUACAAGUUGGAGUUGUUGUCCGCUGACCAAGACACUGUUGUUUGGAUUCUUCUCACUCGACACAUAACACAAAAGGUACAUGCAAUGUCGUGGUAUACGAUGUAUUGUUAUUUUAAAAGAUUUUUUGUAACGCUUUUCGAUCGUUUACCCGGGGGUUGGUAGUUUGUUAAAUUGUGAAAAAAGUGAUUUGCUCCUCUGACUCUCGAAAACCUUCUGAUAGGAUGACUUUGCAGAGAAUAAGGAGUUUAUAACAGUUCACGUGUACAAAUCAGAUGGCGGAAGAAUAUUUUACCCAGGUAACUGCGUUCAUUACUCAGAUUUCUGUCAGCUUUUUACUCCACCAGCUUUUAGAUUUCAGUUCCCCUUCUUCUAAACUUGGGUGUCGUCUAAUAGAAAGCACUUUCGAGCGUGUUUUUUUUGUUUGUUUGUUUGUUUUUGAUGUUGCUGUUUUUUAAUCGAUCCUAGUUAGCAGACGUUUUUUAACCAAUUUUCAAACGAGAAACAGGUCGAGCGCGAAGUCCACUGCAGGCUUUUGAAAUGAUAAAUUUUAAGGCACGCGGACCUAACUUUCUUUGUACCUCCCUUGCUCUAGAUAACCCGUUCUUGGAAGGUACAAAAAUAAACAGUCCGUUCUAUCUGGCCAAACUCAACGCACCUAAAGGAACAAAGCGAUUCACGCUUGUUGUCUCUCAGUACGAGAAAACAAACACCAUUCACUACACCCUCAAGGCAAGUACCUACAUAUCAAAAACUGUUUCAACGUUUCCUUCUAUCUAUCUAUCUGUACUCUUAGUCCUUAGUGUAGUGUCUCAAAUUUGAAAAAAUUUAUACCUCUUAAGUCAAAAUGAAGAAAAAUUACAUAUUCAAACAUUACCCCCCCCCAUUCCUUUGGGAAAUCUGGCAGUGUUUUUCCCGCCUUCUGUCACGCCACUUUCCAACAUGUUUUGCUGUAUAAUACAUAUAUAAUACAUAUAUGUAUAAGCUGUAUAAUACAUGGUGAUUUUUGUAGUGGGUUCUGUUAAAUUUAAAUGGAUUUUUUGUUCAACUGCAGGUCUUUUCGUCAACUGAAUUUCGUUUGUCCCCAGUUCCUAUUCCAUACACAGUUGAAAAGCAGGUUAGUGUAUUGUCUAACUGGGUUGACUCGUGGCUGUGUGUAUAGCGAAAUUGUGAUGCCAAACGCGCCUCCACUGACCAAUGUUGCAACAGUAGGGUUUUCCAGUGAAACGAGUCUUCAAGGUGGUUGUAAAGUCAGUUGAACUUGGCCGUAUCAGUAUUACAUCAAAUUACAUUCACUGAACAUUAAAUCCUUUGUAUUUCUUUUUUUAAUGGAUCUUGAACAUUGUUUAACGAAAAGUGGUUAUUUAAACUGAGUUUGGUUAUCUUGCUGACCAGGUCUCUUAUUUGUUUGUAUUGUAGGUAACAGGUGAAUGGAAAGGCACCUUGGCCGGCGGAUGUCCUAAUUAUUCAUCACAUUCCAAUAACCCAGUGUAUCGUCUACAGCUGCAGACAUCUUCUAACGCAGAAACAGCUGAAGUUCUACUGAAACUACGUGGCCCCAAGUAAGUUUUGAUUGCCAAGACACCGCGUUUCAUCAAAAGAGGGCGAAUUUUGAAUGGCGCGUUUUAGCAAGACUGUUGCUUUAAGGGCUAGAGGCAUUGUUUGGGGUUUUCAUGUCAGUAUUGUUUUGUUAGCUAAUUAAACAGCUCGUUUUAGUUGAGAUCUUCGUGACGGCCCUUCCCUCUGUCGAACUUUUUAUUGUUUUACUGACAUGAUGAACCCACACGAACUGUUUGUAUGUCACUUGCAUUCGCCUCCUCAUGACUGAACGUUGUCUUGUACUCUGCCAGGAUUGAUAGUAGAAUAUUUUAUUCUCUUUUAGACAAUUUUCUGUGGGCGUCAUUAUUCGUUCUGUUGACCGCGCGUCUGAUGGAAAGCCUGUGUACGAGGCGUACUCUGAUACGUACAGGUAAAUUUAAUACUGACCGUCACAGUUAUCCAAUGAGAUGUGAUUACAGUACGAUACCCUCAUUAAAAAGUCACGGUUACUGGUGUCUCAGUAAAGCCAUAAUGAAACUACUGGGCCACUUCGUGAGAUAACAGUAGAAGGUCAAGAACUGACCUUACCGGCAGAAGAGAGCCCGCUGGAUGUUUACUGACGAGUUGAACUCGUGGCUAUCCCUAUAUAUAUAGCGGCCAGUUACCAGAGUCCCGGUAAAAAAGAUUCUCCUUUCCCUGACGUCGGUUGCUUAUAGAAACUGUACGGUAAUUGUCAGGGCAAGGCUUGAACCCGGGUCCAUCGGAUUGCGAGUACAGUGCUCUGACGCCUCGCUCAGGCUACCCCCGAUGGGAGGGGAAAGCGAGAAAAAACACGCACCGUUCGCAUCCCUUCUUGUUCGAUUUUUCCUCCUUUUCCAGGGGCACCCAAUGGAUCUGUUCCUCAAAAUAUCUGUUCUUCAUGCAAAUUUUUGCUGGCUGGGAGAUGUGGAAGAAAUAAUAGUCCUUGGAAGGAAAGUGUUGCUGGGAAAAAGAUAAUUCAGGGUGUCAGAGGGGAUUUGAAGUCUAGAAUAGCUGCUACGGGUUACUUGUAUGGGUUGCUUACCACUCAAGAUCUGAAUUGGGCCCUACGAAACUUCCCAGUAAGUCAGGGUGCAGGUUGUAAGGUUGCUGGCUGGGAACUCUUCCAUCAGUCUUGCUGGGAGUGACGAACAGAUAAUUUUUUUCCAGCAAUCUCCCAAAAUGCUUAAAAUAGUCUCAGAAAACUUUAUUCACGCUUUGUUGUUGUUUUUAGGUCUUUUUCUCAAAAUUUCCCGUUGGGUGCCCCUGCUUUUCCUUCGCUUUUGAUUCCUCUUAUAGGUUUGGCCAAUGUCUUGGAUCAGACCCAUUCGUGUUCAAAGACAUUCAAUAUAACGCGGCAUUAUUUAUAACUAUUUAAUCUCAAGCACGAGAAGAGAAAUUGUGUGGCCAAAGUGAUAUUUCCAAACAUUGUUACAAAUUUUCGUUAAAUCUGAUAUAUGUAGGUCCUUAUUUGACAUAGAACUGGUUUGUAAUUUUAUUUCCAUUCAUAUCUCAAACGCAUUGCGUUCGUUCUGUUUCAGGCCUGGCUUUUACGUACAACAGCUGACCAAAGUGCCCGCCGGAACAUAUGACUUGAUUCCGUCAACAUUUUACCCAGGACAAGAAGGGCCGUUCAUACUAACGAUAGCAGCGAGCUGUAGAAUAGGACUUGGAAGAAAGUAG